AUGGCCAGCGUGGCUUCGGUGGACUCUGAAACAUUUGAGCGGCUGCCUAAAAAUGUGAAGCCGUACAGAUAUCAGCUAAAGAUUCAGCCAUUUUUGGAUACUUUCACUUUCGAGGGAGAAGAACAUAUCAAUAUUAAGGUUCUCGAGAAGACCAAGUUUCUGAAACUGAACUGUUCUGAGAUCGACAUAUGCGACGCCAGCCUGAACAUCACCGGGGACAAAGCGCAAGGUUCUAAUGAUGCCAGAGACGGUAUCGCUGAAAUUGCGCGCGUUACUGAAAUGUCCAUUUUAGAACUGAACAAUCUUCCGGUAGCCUACGAUUCGAAAUGGGAGACGGCCACGAUCGAUCUUCCGGUCGAAAUCGACCAGUGUUCGGCCGUAGUGUCGCUGAAGUUCAAGGGAACGCUGAACGACAAAAUGCGCGGCUUUUACCGCAGCGUCUACCGCGGACCGGACGGCAAAGAUAAAGUGAUUGCCACCACGCAGUUUGAGGUAAGCAACGCAACAAAUAAAUUCUGCUCCGUACUGCGCGAGAACUGCAAACAGUCAAGAAUCGCCAAAACGGACAAUUGUUGA